UAUCUGUUUCUUUGCAACCAACACCGAUCAAAUCCUUAAAGAUCUUCGAGGUCCUGGAGAAGCAGCUAUACACUUGGGUCCUCUCUUAACCCCGUCUCAUCAAUCAUGGUGAACUCCGACCCUGAAUACCCACCCGGCGAGCCAGCCCCUGAGAUUCUGGAGGAGCGCAUCUGGAUCGAUGGCUGCUUCGACUUUUUCCAUCACGGCCAUGCUGGAGCGAUCGUGCAAGCCCGCCAAUUAGGCAGCGAGCUCUACAUCGGCGUCCACUCCGAUGAGUCCAUUCUCGAGAACAAGGGCCCAACAGUCAUGACCCUGCAAGAGCGCCUGGCCGCCGUCGACGCCUGCCGCUGGGUCACACAAUCCGUCGGCCAAGCCCCCUACGUGACGCAACUCGACUGGAUCAGCCACUACGGCUGCAAAUACGUCGUCCACGGCGACGACAUCACCUCGGACGCAGACGGCUACGACUGCUACCGCUUCGUCAAGGAGGCCGGCCGCUUCAAGGUCGUCAAGCGCACCCCCAGCAUUUCCACCACCGACCUCGUCGGCCGCAUGCUCCUCUGCACAAAGACACACUUUAUCAAGUCUCUUGAGAAGCUCCUGGCUGGCGACGAGGCCCAGGGCCAGGGCGCGACGUCCCGGGACGAGAUCAAGGCCGAGGCUGGUGCUCUGACGGAGCGGAUGAAGCUUUAUGCCACCGACGAGACGGGCAAGAACCCCGGCGUCGAGGUGUGGUUUUGGUCUGCGUCGGGUGAGGCCAAGGCCGAGGCCACGGCCGAGGAGAAGGGCGUCUUUUCGAGGUUCUUGCCGGGUAAGGGCCCGCGGAUCGGUCAGCGCGUCGUCUACGUCGAUGGCGGCUUCGAUUUGUUUUCGAGUGGGCACAUUGAGUUCCUCCGCCGGGUGGUCGAGGCCGAGGAGGAGCUCGCGCGCGGAGAGGGUUGGUAUACCGAGCAGGCCGUCAAUGAGCGCGUCAGCAAGGGCGGCGAUUACCCGCCCGCCUACGUCGUGGCGGGCAUCCACUCGGACGAGGAGAUCAACCACUGGAAGGGCAUCAACUACCCCAUCAUGAACAUUUACGAGCGUGGUCUCUGCGUGUUGCAGUGCAGGUACGUUAACGCCGUCGUCUUCGGCGCCCCGUUUGCCCCGACAAAGGCUUACCUCACGUCGCUGCCGUGGGGCACACCGGACGCCGUGUACCACGGCCCCACGGCCUUCAUGCCGCUGACAUACGACCCCUAUACGGCGCCCAAGGAGAUGGGCAUCAUGCGGGCCGUGGGCGAGCACGAGUUUGCGAGCGUCAACGCGGGGACGAUUGUGCAGCGCAUCAUGAAGAGCCGUGAUAUGUACGAGGAGCGGCAGCGCAAGAAGGGCAUCAAGGCCGAAGGGGAGACUGCGGCGCGCGGGAGAGAGAUUCUCGAGGAGGAGCAGGCGAAGCGGGAGGCAGACAGGGCGCGGCAGUGAGAUCAUGUGGUCCUCGGGUGCGCCUCUGGUGGGAUUUUGGGGAGAGAGCAUUAUCAAGUUAUGAGGCGGCAGCAUAUUUAAUUUGGAUACCUUGAGUAGCAGCAUUCUUUACCUUGAAGGGCAAAAUGGGUUGGCCUUCAACAGGUCACGGGCUGAAGAAAGGGGACUACCAAACGAUACCUGGAGACCGGACUGGAAACCACAGACAGUAAAACAUUACCUACCUAGUACACUUAUCACGUCGUGUCUGCUACUUUAGUUUCCGCAUGUCAUUGCUUGGAAUGUCUCGGUUGGGCAUGUGUGGGCUAGUAUGGGUGUGCGCGAGAGUGUCUCAGAAG